AUGGCGCCAUUCAUGUCAUCCACUUUCACCACCGGAGAGCGACGCAAGAAGGUCGUCACGUACGGCAAACUGUCGCGUGUCCCGCCACCUCGAUCCAGCAUCCCGGAUGAUGCGCCUUCGCCAGAACGACCUCGCAAGCAUACAGCGAUUUCGAGUGGACCGACAGCUGAGGUCGGAGGACCGUUGGAUACUACUAGAGCUCUUGCCACUGCACGCGCGACUACAACUAGCCCCGAUGUAUUCGACGUACCCUCCGAAGACGAGUUGGAGUCGCAGUCGACAAAGCCCACAAACAGGCCUGCGCCACUGCAGCGUAGCAAGACAGAAGCAGAAUCGCGGGCAACCAUUGCGAAACCACACGAAUUUGCGCCUGGUCGCGCGGUCGCGACAGCUUCUCGACCUCCUAAACAACCCGGGGGUUUGAAACCGGCAGCGACAACGAACAAAACGCUACAGGGGCAGAUUGGACUGCAGCAGCCGGCACGGCUAAGUGCUCCGCUUCUCAAACCGCCGUCUACGGGCCCCACAUCGCAAACAAAGGCCCCGCCAUCCUCAGAAGGCCAAAAGCAGGCUGCUACAAGCGGACGACGGCUACAACGAUCGAACACAUCUUCCAAGAAUGUGUCACGCACCACAACGCCCGAAUUUCCGGCACAGUCUUCGGUUAAAUCACAAUCUGUAGCAAAGACAAACCCUGCGGUACCCAGCAGCAAAGCGACGAAAUUGAGUACCAAGCAGUCUGCGAGCCUGGACGUCUUUGAAGUGCCAUCAGAUGAAGAGCAAGCAUCUUUGCCGAUUCUCGAACCACCUAUGCAGAUAGCUCGCCAAGCGUUGAAAGAUAAACCCAAGGAGCUCGCGGCUGCGAAGGUGGCGUCACUCAAUGCUCCUCAAAAUAUAGCUGUCAAGUCACACAAGCUGGGGAUCUUACAAAACCGGAAGCGGAAGGGCUCAAUAUCUUCUAUCACUGCGCCGAAAUCCGUUGUUGCACGCAUACAGGAGCCAGUGAUGGCGCAGCGAGACCGCAAAGUGACUAGGAGGGAAAAAGGCACAUCGCCAGGUCACGGUUCUACAAGACCCUCAAUCCCUCGUUCUGCGCUACCGGCAGCGACUGCAGAAGCCUCGAUCAACAAGCCGAGAAGGACAAGAACACGGACAGUGCCGGUUGUCAGCCAGCCAACGGUAUCUAAGGGCCAUUCUUCACCAGCCAUGCUUCAUAGCAUGGUACCCGUCGCACGAGCUUCCAAAGCACCUCUUGACGAUGUGACGUCUGAGCUGCUUGCAUCCGACGACACCAUGUAUGAUAUCCCGGAUCCAAUGACAACGCCUGUACGCCCAACACCUCUUCGCGGGAGCACAACUUCUACGCCUGGCUCAGUCACACCGCGUCAAAAAGACCUCUUCAGCACCUUGCUUGGUGGCUCAGCAGCACCCAAAACGCCGGCGUCUGCGCUCGCAUCUCUCCAGCUGACAGACAAGAAGCCAAGAUCACUGCUUGGAGCUCUAGCUAGAUCGAAAUCCGACCUCCCUUACAGCAGCCAAUCACGGAAGACUCGACUGAUAGACACACUCAGAGACGAGACGAGUUCUGAAGAAGACGACAGUGAAAGUGACGGAGAAGCUGAUGCUACCAUUGCUGCAGAUUCGACACCCAAAGCGAAGCCCGCAACAACCGAGCCCAGCACUCACGACGUUGACAUGGACAGAGCCACACCAGCAGAUUCCCAAACAUCACAAAUGACAUCUGGAGCGGUCACUCGCCCAAGACUUACAUAUGCCGCCCAGCGUUCCUACCUCCAGGAAGCCAAUCCAGAAGACGAGUUUUUAAUAUCUAUGGAUCUUGACGACAGUUGGAACGUGGACUCCCAGACUGUUUCCACCGACGAUGAAGACGGACCCACGAGCCAAGUGCGAACGCAUCACGAGCUCAAGAAAUACGGACAGAACACCAUGUUCUCGUGGGACAUGGAAGAGUCUAUCCGCGAGAUCUCGGACGAAUCAAGCAAGAGUGCACGCCGCAGCGCAUUGAUGGAUUUAUGCACUAAGAUGGUCGAUGCAGGCUUUGUCAGUCAGCUUCUCGACUCCGGCUUCAUGCACAAACUCCUGGAAAUCAUGAGGUCUACAGACGAUGUCAUUUUCAAUUUCCUUGCGACUGCUUCAGUUCUUUUUGUCCUCCAGACGAAGCCUGCUUUCGCUGUGGUUGAUCAAAUUUACCGAUCCGGGAUUACGAGUACUUUGAUCAAGGUGGUGGACAACGAUAUCGAUAUCUCCAGAAUCGCACGCGAUCGAAAGUCGAACAUGUCGAAAAUUGCCCAGGAGUCCUUGGUAGAUUUCCGCGCACUGGUGCUGGCAGCUAAGGCGUGGUCGCCAAAUACACCAGAGAAAGCUUCACCUCAGAUUUUGACACUCAAAACAAUCGAUCUCCUCGUCCGAAAUCUGCGAGAGUCUGGCAGCAUAGAGGCUCUCUUGUCCCCGGUCGAGGUCUCGAAGAUUGUCAAAGUGUUUCCAACACCCUCUAGCCGUAUCAAAACCACCAAAGCUACUUCUCAAGACAUUUUGACCGUUGACUUGGCGCUUUCGAUACUGGAAACCGUGUCGAUCGCAGAGCAAGACUACUCCACAUGGCCUACUAAGACUCUGCAACACCUGGCGGAGGUAUUGCCCAUUUUCUUUGAGGACAAUGGCCCAUCGAAGACUGUGGAGGCAAUGAAGCUCUGCAUGAACCUCACCAACAACAAGCCCAAGGCCUGUCAACCGUUCUCCGACCAGGCCUUCAUACAGCCCCUGAUCCACUUCAUUGUUGGUCGUUUCGAUGUGCUCCACAGUGGAGAACUCGAUGCAGAUCGUCGGACCCAAGUGCUAGCUGCGUUGACGCUCGGUCUGGGUGCGAUGAUCAAUCUCGCUGAGCUCAGCGAUCAAGCACGACGCAAUACCAUUGAUGACAGGAACUCGAUCGAGGUGUUGGUAAAAACCUUUGUUGCGGGUUCUGAACGAGCAGCUGAGGCCAACUCCGUUGAAGAGUCCGAAUUUAGCGUUCAGGUCGGCUUCCUUACUGUGCUGCUGGGCAAUCUGUGCCUCAACAACACCGUCCGAUCCAAAGUUCGAGCGUCACUACCCGGGCAACAGCUCCAGCCACUGCUCGAGCAAAUGAAGGAGUUUGCGCGCAUUCACGAGCAUGUCGAUAAGAGGACGGCCAGUCGUUUCGAAGGGCCUGAGGGUAAGGAGGCUCUGAACAAUUACUACCUGCGAAUCAUGCAUGUGGUCAGGAAGCUGGAAGGCGCCAGAGAAUAG